ACCCCCCAGGGUCACCGGAACUGGGUGUUGGUGGUGGCCUGGUCCCCGGAUGCGGCCUACGUGGCGAGCGGGGACAUGAACGGUGUCGUACACCUGUGGGAGCCCGCCGGGGGGAAGUUGCUGGGGACCUGCAGCGGGCAUGGAAAGUGGAUCACAUCGCUGGCCUGGCAACCAGCUCAUAAGGCCCUUCCCAGCCAGCGGUUUGUGAGCGGCAGCAAGGACAACACCAUCAAGGUGUGGGACGCCCUCACGCGGCGGUGUGUUUUGAGCAUGUCGAACCACACGCAGAUGGUGACGGCCGUCAAGUGGGGCGGGGAGGGGCUCAUCUAUUCAGCAUCGCGCGACUGCACCAUCAGUGCAUGGGACGACACGGACGGGAAGCUGGUGCGCGUGUUCAAGGGUCACGGGCACUGGGUCAACACUCUGGCGCUGUCCUCAGAGUACGUGUUGCGGACGGGGGCGUUCGACCACACGGGGAAGGCACCCGGGGAGCCGGAGGCCGCGAAACAGAAGGCGGCGGAGCGGUAUGCCGAGGCGACAGCUGGAAAACCCGAGAGGUUGGUGUCUGGCAGUGACGACUUCACGUUGUGUUUGUACGAACCCUCUACAAGCAAAACCCCAAUCGCCCGAAUGACGGGGCACGUGCAACUGAUCAACCAGGUGGUGUUCUCUCCGGACGGCCGCUACAUUUUGUCCGCUUCCUUCGACAAGUCCGUCAAGUUGUGGGACGGCGCCCGGGGCGGCUUCCUGGCCACCUUCAGGGGCCACGUGGGUCCUGUGUACCAGGUGGCGUGGUCGGCGGACAGCCGCAUGUUUGUGAGUGGGAGUAAGGACAGCACGCUCAAGGUUUGGGACCUCCGCACUCGCAAGCUCAAGGUUGACCUGCCGGGCCACUCGGACGAGGUGUUCACAGUGGAUUGGAGUCCGGACGGGGGUUCCGUGGCUUCGGGGGGGAAGGACCGAGUGCUCAAAUUGUGGAGGCAUUGA